UCUUGGUCUCCCAACUUCGUGUUUGGCAGUUUUGCUAUAGUAGGAGGUAGUGACAAUGUGGAGCUGGAGUUUCGAACUUCUAAAAUAGCAUCGAUCUUUACAUUGGAAGGAAUGGCGAUCAUGGAGGCUUUGAAGCUAAUCCUCAAAUCUUCUCAGAGGAAAUUUGUGAUAUUCUCCGACUCAAGGAGUGUGUUAGAAGCUCUCGCCUCCAAUAAAUAUUUAGGUAAAAAGUCUUAUAUUAUACUCUGCAUCCGGGACCUAAUUCUAAAGUUGCAGGAGGAAGGAAAAGAGGUCAGGCUGCAUUGGAUACCUGUCCAUGUGGGUAUCAGUGGCAAUGAGUGGGCGGACCAGGUGGCGAAAAGGGCAGCUGUAACAGGGAAAGACUCCAAUCUAGAGUUGCCAGCCAAUGACUUUAAAAAGAGAUGGAAAAUGAAAUUAAAAGAAGAUUUUAACGCUUGGUGUCUUGAGUCUGCAGCUUUAAAAGAUGCCCGUGCGAUAUGGAUGAGGAGACCCCGGAUCAUAUUUUUUGGAUUUGUCCUCGUUUUAUAGCUCAGAGAAAGAAAUUAAGAAAAGCAUUCCAAAAAGUCUCAAAGUCUUAUCUUGAUAACGUCGAAGCCUUACUAAAUAGGAUAGAUAAUGGUAAUAUUUUAA